GUUCAGUUCGACAAAGCAGUCAAAGGCAUUCACUACACUCACUCCACCACUGAGGAUACAAAACUUGGAUAGUUUCUGAAGAACAUGCCGUACUACGAGGAGGAACGUCGCCAUCACCAUCACCACCAUCAUGGUAGGCCAAUUGUGGAGGUGGACAUUGUGCCGCCAAGGAUUCCGCGCCCAGUGAUUGAGAUCGGAGUGGGCGGCCGCUAUCCACCACCGCCGCCCAUGGUCGAGGUCAUCACACCAGCUGCCGUCUACCAGCCUCCACCACCACCACGACCCAUCAUCGAGGUGGAUGUGGUGCCUCCGAGAGCGCCCUUCAUCGAGUUCAACAUCGGCGGACGGCGUCCUCCGCCCAGGGAAGAGGUCAUCAUCGUUCAGCAGCCCCCACCGCCCAGGUGGUAGGCGUGGUCGCAUUGUGACGCUCCAGAAGAGUGAACAACUUUAAGAAUAUUUAUUCAACUUCCUGUAUUCCAUGAGCAUACACUGGAAUCUAGCUUAAAAACGGCUGCAAAUAGAAACAUUAACUAACUUUUUACAGAAAAUAAGCCCCUUGUACGAGUAUAAUUAAAAUAAAAAAUAAAUAACAGUUCA